AUGUUUGGGACUCUGAUCCACCUCGGCUUCGACGCGCUCCUCCUAAGUGCCUUCUUGGCGGGGAUUAGGCGGACGACGGGCCUAACGCCCAAGCUAUCCGACGUGCCCAACAAGGAUAUCAGGCAACUGUUGCGGUCUUACCUCGAGUUCGGGGAGUACAUAUUUGACUUUGCAGUGGUAGUCUUCGGGCGAUCGUCAUCCUUUGAGAGGAGACGUGAUUAA